AUGCGAUUUUCGCAUUUCUUAAAGUAUAAUGCUGUGCCUGAAUGGCAAAGCCAUUAUAUGGACUACAGCGAUCUGAAAAACUUGAUCUAUACUCUACAGACAGAUGAGCUGAAACUGAAUGGUGAAGUUGUCGAGGUUGCAGAGAAUGGCGAGCUUAAGGGAUCUUCUUCGCCGAGACAGAUGGCGAGAAGGUUGUUCAAGAGUAAACUGUUUAACAAGGGAAGUGCUGCAGAGAGAGCUGGCAAUGAUGCCAAGAACGAUGAUAAUAUUCAGGAAGAAACUUUCGAAUUGGAAGAGCUCCCCUCUCCGAAGCUCGGACCGAGUAAUCAUUUGAAGAAUGCACCGUUCAGGAAGGUCAAGGAAAAGUUCUUUGAGUCUAGACGAUCGUCUCUCUCCAGCGAGGGGAAGACGCUGCUUAGCCCUCAGGAUACGUUUGUGAGAAGCCUGGAGGAGGAAAAGUUGAAAGUAGAUGAUUUCUACAAGAGAAUGGAAGCGAAAUUUUACGAAAAGUUCGAUAACCUGGUGAAAGAUCUUGAAAAAAUCGGUGUUUGUGGGUUGAGCGAUGAUUCAGCCCGCUCUCUUAACAACGGUUCCAGUUUUGGUCAGGAGGACGAGAGGUCUCAGGAGCCAUCUUAUAGAGCACAGAAUGAUUUUUAUUCGGAAGAAGAGUUCGACGAAGAGGACGAUUACGAUGUUCAAGACAACACUGCUCUGUUGAACUACUCUCAGUUCAAUGUCAAAUCGCAGAAAACGUCUCUCCUAAAGCAGUCGACGGUCAAUCUGUACAUUGAUCUUUGCCAAUUGAAGUCCUUUAUUGAGUUGAACCGUAUAGGCUUCAGCAAGAUCACCAAAAAAUUUGAUAAAGUAAUGCAUCAAAAUACCAGACGAGAUCUGAUCCAAUCGGAGGAGUUCUACAAGGAUACGUAUAUUUUCCAGCAUGCUACACUUAGAGUGCUGAAUGGAAAAAUAUCGAAAGCUAUUGAGUUUUACGCAAUUCUCAAAGAUCAACCUUCCAACAUCGAGAUGUGCAAACAUGAGUUGAAGUCCUUUCUUCACGACCACAUUGUUUGGGAGAGAAGUAACACAUGGAAAGACAUGUUGGGAUUGCUUUCGCAAGAAAAAGAUCUUCAAGGUGAAGGGACAGGCUCUGAUUUUAGCCGCAGUAAGCUGGAAUUGGAGUAUUACCAGUACUAUUUGCCAAGGCCGCUGAAUUUCAAGGUUUUCCAAGUGACUAAGCUGAUGGUUCCAAAGUUAUUCUUUACUUGGAAGGCGUUCAAAAUUGCCUUCAUAAUUACGGUUACCGGUGUCCUUUUAGGAGUGAAAACUUUCAACGACGAAGCACAACACCGCUGUAUGGCUCUCGUGGAAUGCGUAGCAUUCCUGUGGGCCAGUGAAGCGAUUCCGUUAUACGCGACAGCUAUUUUGGUUCCACUACUUGUGGUCUUAUUCCGAGUCUUGAAGGAUUCAGAAGGUCAUGUCCUUGGUGCUGCAGCAGCUUCCUCAGAGAUUCUAUCGCAAAUGUGGUCCUCUACGAUCAUGAUCUUACUCGCAGGUUUCACUUUGGGCGAAGCUCUCGCCCAGUAUGACAUUGCCAGAGUGCUUGCAUCUUGGCUACUGGCUGCAGCAGGAACGAAGCCUAGGAAUGUGCUUUUGAUGGCAAUGGGUGUGGUUUUCUUCUUAUCGAUGUGGAUUUCAAAUGUCGCCGCACCGGUACUAACUUAUUCACUGCUGUCGCCUUUGUUAGAUCCUCUGGAAGCAUCUUCACCGUUUGCAAAAGCGCUGGUUAUGGGCGUCGCUUUGGCGGCUGAUGUUGGUGGUAUGGCAUCACCAAUUGCCUCUCCACAGAAUGUCAUAUCCAUGAACUUCCUGAAGCCUUAUGGCAUCGGUUGGGGUCAGUUCUUUGCCGUGGCUCUACCGACUGGUAUACUUUCAUUGCUGUGCGCAUGGGGUGUAAUGUGCUUCACCUUCAAAUUUCACAAGACACGGUUGCAAAAAUUCACACCUAUUAAAACCCGCUUUACUUUGAAGCAAUACUUUGUCAUCGUUGUAAGCAUUGGCACGAUUUUGUUAUGGUGUGUCGAGUCGAAAAUUGAGAAUGCCUUUGGUUCGUCCGGUCAAAUUGCAGCCAUACCUAUAGUCCUAUUUUUUGGUACUGGUUUACUCUCAACGCAUGAUCUGAACUCAUUUCCAUGGUCAAUUGUGGUUCUUGCUAUGGGUGGUAUUGCCCUGGGGAAGGGUGUGUCAAGCUCUGGUCUUUUGGGCACAAUAGCCCGUUCUCUGCAGAGGAAAAUUGCAAACGAUGGCUUGUUCGCUAUUCUUUGUAUCUUUGGUAUCUUAAUGUUGGUCGUUGGUACAUUUGUUUCCCACACCGUCUCCGCCAUCAUCAUCAUCCCACUGGUUCAAGAAGUCGGCGAUAGAAUGACAGCCAAGAAUAGCGCCCCAGUCCUGAUCUUCGGCUGUGCGCUACUGGCGUCUUGCGGCAUGGGCUUGCCAUCCUCAGGUUUCCCCAAUGUAACCGCAAUAUCGAUGACAGAUAAAAAGGGCCAGAGAUAUCUGAACGUCAGCUCCUUCAUAACGAGAGGUGUUCCGGCUUCACUCUUGGCAUUCCUAUGCGUUAUUACCAUAGGGUAUGGUAUUUCAAUUUCUGUCAUCAAAGGUGUCUGA